AUGCUCAGCCUUGCCGAAGUUACCGCGCCGAGUACCGCCAAGAAGAGGCAGUUUCAGUCGAAACUUGACGCCGACGUCGAUUUUAAAAGGCGCCGAUGUGAAGCCGACGACAAGGUCCAAAAAUCGAACGUUAAGGCCGAAAAGUCUAAAGCGAAGGUCCGAAAAUCUGGCACCAAAAAUGCCGCUCCAGCGGUCGCCUCACCCAGCUUGAAAGUAUCAGAAACUCCAAGGGCUGGAGAGCUGCCUUCUAAGGAAGAGCCAUGCCGCGGUCGCAGACGAUGGCGCGCUGGUAGCGAGCCGCAGGGCUGGGAUGAGAAGAAUUGGUGUCUGGAUGAUAGCAUGGCCACAAGUAUCGAAGACAGACCUGAGAAGUACGGUUCCAAACCUACGACAACCGCGUCGACUUCGGCUCAUGAUAGCGAUGAGGAACAUCAGCCGUUUCCUUACGAGAUUUUUGACGUAUCUUCUUGCGAGAGUGAGAGAAUCCAACCAUCGUCGAAAAAGCUCGCGGCUAGUGUGCAGAAAUUGAAAAUGAUCCAGCACAGCGGCAAAUAG